AUGCAAAUCAAAGUCAAGACUUUAACAGGGAAAGAAAUCCCAAUUGAUGUUGAACCAACUGAUAAAAUUCUACGUAUCAAAGAAAUAAUGGAAGAGAAAGAAGGUAUUCCACCUAGCCAACAAAGACUAAUUUUCGGUGGUAAACAAAUGAAUGACGACCAAACCGUUGAAUCAUAUAAAUUGGAACCUGGGGCCCAACUGCAUCUUGUAUUGACUUUACGUGGUGGUUCUAUAUAA